UAAAGGAUGUUCUGAUCCUCUGGUGCCCUGUCCGUGGGGCUGAGGUUGAUCGGGGGAGCAGAACAUGGCUGGAAGCCCCGAGGGGAAGUCCCAGGGCCCGCCAAUGUCCUCGGUCCCGGCACUGACAGCAGAAGAAGCCUCUGGAGCCCCUGAAGUGAUUCCCAGGCCAGAAGUGGGGGAGCUCCCGCCAUGGCAGGCCCAGGGUCCCACCCAGCCUGGCCAGAUGAGCCCGCCCGGCUUCCCGCUGCCCGCCUGGUACCAGCAGCAGACCAGGAAGAGAAAUAGCCUUCUCAAGCUGCUGGGCGCCUUCCACAUUGUCCUUGCUCUGCUGCACUUGCUCUUCGGGAGCUGCCUGGUCUCCACAGUCAAGGGUCUUCACCUGGUGGUGCUGAAGUCGUGGUAUCCAUUCUGGGGGGCUGCCUCUUUCCACAUUUCAGGGAUCUUGGUGAUCAUGGCGGAGCUGUUUCGGAAGACUUACCUGAGGAGGCUUUGCCUGAUAGCACAUGCCGUCAGCUGCUUCUGCGUGCUAGCUGGCCUCUUUGUCAUCGCCAAAGAUCUCUUCCUGGAGGGUCCCUUUGACUUCCCGAUCUGGACACCGUACCCCAGCAGCACACUCCACAUCCAGAGGCUGGCGCUGGCCCUGCUCUGCUUCACGGUCCUGGAGUUCUUCCUGCUGGGCUCCACGGCUGUCUUCGUGUGCCGCCUUAACUGCCGGCCCGCAGAGGAAGACGACUUGAUCCUUGUUCAGGACACACCAGUGAGAAUCAGGAAGUAUUCCAUGGGUCCUCCGCCAUCCUAUGAGGAUGCGACUCUAGGUGGCAUGAUCGGUGUCCAAACCAGCGUCCACACCAGCUCCCUCGAGGAAGUCAAGUGACAGAGAGCCGCCUUUCCCUCUUCCAGAAUGUAGUGGUCCCAGGACAGUCUGCGGUUUCUGUUAUUUGUGGACUGUGCUCCAUUCCUCUUGUGUUUCCAUAAAUGGAUUCUUUUUCACAAUGUAUCAUUUUGGAGGGGUAUGUUGUAUCUGUAAUAAACAGGAAGCCAGUAAGUUUCCAUAAAAAGAAGCUAAGCACAAAAAAAUACUGUAAACACAGUAGAAACAAGAAUAACUUGCCACCUGCUCCUGUGAUGUCAGCUGCUGGCUCUUCACCUCUCUCUCAGCCGCUGCAGAUGCCCUGGCAACCUUGAGGUUCCACCGAUGCGGCAAGCACAGCCCUGCUGCUGAGCCACCCUGUGCCCUUCUACUGCCUGGACUCUCUUCCCCGGGGCUAUGGCAGCGCUCGCUCUGUGACUCUUUGUUGGGCUACUGACUCUGGGCUGAGGCUGGUCCCAUCCAUCUGUGAUGUAGUUCUGCUACUAUCUCCAUUUCACACAGUCUCAGACAAGUCAAGCAACCUGCCCCAAGGCACCCAGCUGGUGAGUGGCAGAGCCAGGAUUUGGACCUGAGCACUCUGGCUCCAAACGGAAGUGCUGGCCUCCCGACAGCACUGAUAUGUUUAUAGGAGGUUCCCUGCUCUGUGCUGUCCCGGGUCAGAUGAGACUUGCCCAUCUGAGAGCUAGCACACGGUGUACAUGGCAGAAUCAGCCCUCAAAGCUCAUGGGUUCUCCAUCCUCCCAGACAGACUGUUUACUGUGUGGUAGCCCAGGUUCAAGGCUGUAUAGGCUAGCCGUCCUCAACAACCCUAUGUGUAGAGAUCCCUCCCAAUCAAGGGCACUCCGGGUUCAUUCCAGGGUUCAUUCCCAGGGUUCAACAUUGUCUGAAUUCUAUCGUUACCUCCCCUGUUGUAUUUCUGGCUGUCCCCUCUGGUUUCCGUCACUGGCUUGUCCAUCUCUUUUCUCCGUGUUCUGGUCGGCCGGUUUUGCAGGCUGUGGCCAGCUGGCUUUGGAGAAGAAUGCAAGGUAGAAGCCGCUGGGCUCAGAGGGAGCCUCAGAGAACUGAGAGCCAUGCACAUGUUUAAGACAAGGCACAUGAAGGAAAGAACUUCAGCUUGGCUGUCAGGAGACCCAGAUGCAAAUUCCAGCUUGGAUGUCACUUACUCGGUGACCUUGACUCAGCCCCAUGCCUCACUGGGUCUCAGCGUUCUCAUUUGUAACAUAGGACGUUAUACUAGGAUGGUGGUCUGCUUGAAUAAUCAACCAAUGAAAGGGAUAGAACAGUGAUUAAACAAGCAUCAAGUUUGCACACUUGUUUCCUCUUUCUCCAUCCAAACCCCUCAUGUGCACACCCAUACGUACAUGUACAUCCGUAUAGACGCUUUUUUGUUGAACCAUCUGAAAGGAAGUUGCAGGUGGCUGGGGGCUGGACAUCGGGGAGGGUAUGUGCUAUGGUGAGUGCUCUGAAUUGUGUAACCCUUAUGAUUCACAGACUGUACCUCUGGGGCAAAUAAUACAUUAUCUGUUAAUAAUAAUAACAACAAGAAGGAGAAGAAAGUUCGUUGCAGAUACCAUGACCCUUCAUCCUCAUAGUCUUCCACCUGCAUUUUUCCCCCAAGAAUAUUGGGCAUUCUACAUACGCACAAAGGUAUCAUUGCAUGAAGAAAAUUAAAAAUAAUUCCAUAAUACCAAUAGCUGUCCAUGUUCAGAUUUCCACCAUGGGACCAAAAAUGCCCUUUACUGUGCUUUAGGUUUAACCUGGAUCCAAUCAAGUUUCAUGCAUUAUAUCUGAUGUCGCGUCACUUCGUUUUCUUUUCAUCUAGAACAGUCCUCCCAACUUUCUCUCAUGAAAAGAACAGUUGUCUGGGAAUGUUUGCUUGUUUCGGUGCCUUUCACUCGUCCCCCGUCCCCCUCUUGCUUGUCACCUGGCUGUGACCCUGAGGCUUGGUUUGAUGCAGGGUGAACGCUGGGGAGAACUUCCCAGUGGUGGUGCUGGGACCUUCUCACUGUGUCCCAUCUCGGAUUCUGGGGCCCACCUGUCCCUCAGGUAGUGAUCCCAGGCAUGGUGGUCACUGUCACAGACUGCCACUGCUUCAUCAGUCUUUAUACCUGCCUUUUCCUACAGUUGGUUUGUUUUUUGUUGUUUUUUUUUUUUUUUUUAAGGAGACAAAACAGGGGCGCUUGGGUGGCUCAGUCAAGUGUCCAACU